UAGUCAAUUGUUCAAUUCCCUCUUUUUCUUGUAACAAUACUUUACAAUUAACAAUAGAAUUAGUGUAUACUUCUUUCUCUUUCAUGACUUUUUCUUUCAUCUUUCAAUUUCUUGCCCUUUAGCAGUUCUACCAACUCCAUUGAUUGAGAAUUAGUCCAAGUCUUCAAUGUAGCGCAUUCAAAACAACUAGUUAAAACACACUACCAUUUCUUGGCUUUCAAGAUUCAAUCUUUUCUGGGUUUCAAUCCAUUUGCUGCUAAGCCAAGUUUAGAAGAAGUUUAAGAUGCCCUCGAUACCUAAAUAUGUAAAGACCUUGUAGCAUGGCUCGUGAAACUAAGUUGGCCAUAAUAUUCACCUCUACUGGAGUUUUAAUUGGCAUUUUCUUAUCGUCACUUGUGUUUUUCUGCCUUCGAUGGUACAAAAAGCGCUCGGAUUUUCGUUCGCAUAGAACAUCGAAUCUCCCUAUCCGCAAGAAUGACAAUGGCCAUGCCCUGGGCCUCGAUUCUAGUGCUUCACAAUCAGAGUCUGUUGUUGUUCCUCUACCAGAUCUCCCCACCAAGAAUUUAUCACCCUUAUGGUUGAAUCAUCAUCAUAAAAGUCAUACAACCUCAGUUUCCGGCACACCAAAGUACUCAUACAAGGAUGUUCAGAAGGCCACUCAGAAUUUUACGACUAUAUUGGGUGAGGGUUCGUUUGGUCCAGUAUACAAGGCCACAAUGCCAGCAGGUGGAGUGGUUGCGGUUAAAGUUCUAGCCUCCGACUCGAGACAGGGUGAGAAAGAGUUCCAGACCGAGGUAUCUCUCUUAGGUAGAUUGCAUCACCGAAAUCUAGUGAAUUUGGUGGGAUACUGUGUGGAUAAAGGGCAGUAUAUGUUAAUUUAUGAGUACAUGAGUAAUGGCAGCUUGGAAAAACUAUUAUAUAGUGAAGAAGAUACAUUGACCUGGGAUGAGAGGCUUCAAAUAGCUCUGGAUAUAUCACAUGGGAUCGAGUAUCUUCAUGAGGGGGCAGUUCCACCAGUCGUACAUCGGGACUUGAAAAGCGCUAACAUAUUACUGGAUCAUUCUAUGAGAGCAAAGGUUGCUGAUUUUGGCCUUUCCAAGGAAGAGGUUUUUGAUGGUCGGAAAUCAAGCUUGAAAGGUACAUACGGGUACAUGGAUCCUGCCUAUAUCUCCACGAGCAAGUCCAGUUUGAAAAGUGACAUUUACAGUUUAGGAGUUAUCUUCUUUGAACUCAUAACUGCAAUACAUCCACAUCAAAACUUAAUGGAUUAUGUCAAUCUUGCAACAAUGGACCCAGAUGGAGGAGUGGAUGAAAUACUCGACAAACGACUUGUCGGGAACUGCAACCCUGAAGAAGUGAAGAGUUUGGCUAAAAUUGCUUUCAGAUGUUUACACAAGACACCACGGAAGCGCCCCAGUAGUGGGGAAAUAUCUCAGGCAAUUGUAAAGAUUAAACAACGACGUCUAGCUAAAGGUGCAACUAUGUCCUUUGUUGGAGAUGAUCUUCCUCGAUUGAAGAGUGUGAUUGAAGACCAGCAGACAGUGUUGAGUAAAAUUGUGAGCAGAAACGACGACCAAUAGUAACAUGUACAAUGAUCAAACCUUCGAUGGUCCUAGAUUUUGAUCCGUCCUAGAAUUUUACCACGACAUAACGUAAGCAGUUCUUAAUUGGCUUUUUGAGAGUGUAGACAAUGAAAGAUUCACGUCUAAAAGGGAAACGAGAGAAAGAGAAGAUCUACGACAAAUACUGAAGAAACGUUGGGCCGAGGCACUUCUCCAGGUCAGGUUCUCACGAUUUUACAAAAAAAUGUAUAUAGACUUUCAUAUGUGCAUACUUGUGUCAUGAAUUUUGAGUUCUCAAGUAUCUAACACAACUACGUGAGUUAAAUUGAAAAGUCCCGAGUAAUACAAUAUCUACGUAGCAAUUUUGUA